AGGAAAACCCGGGCACUGGGCUAUUAAAUGUGAAGGAAGAGGAUGAGACAGAUAACAUGAAUAGUCAUCAGACUGAAAUACAUUGCUCCCUUCCUGCCGAUGAAGAUAACGCUGAUAUAGUGAAAGUUGAGAUAACAGAAGAUCUGUGUGUGAGGCAUCAGCUGGAAGCACCAGAUGAGGAAACCAGUGACAGCAUCAGCCCAGGCCGUAUGGAUGUGACGCCUUUAGAGGGCUCAGCGGUUGAGCACAGAGGAGAACCGUAUUUGUGUGAUCACAUAAAGACUGAGGAGGAUGAAGCUCCUAUAUAUAUGGCUACAGGUGAUGUUAAGACUGAAGUCACAAUUAAUGCUGAACAGACUGAUGAUCUGGAAGCUCUGAAGCAGGAAAUCGGUGACAAUAUCAGUACAGAUGAAUUUAUAAAUUGCAGUAAUCAUAGUCCUAGCCAUGGUGAAAAUACAGAUACUUGUUUCAAUCUUCAAAAUCAAAGAAGAAAUAUGGAAAAUGUAUGUUCUGAAUAUGGGAAAUGUUUUACCAGAAAAGCAAAUGUUUUAAGACAUCAGAAAAUUCGAACAGGAGAGGAAGCAUUUUCAUGUUCUGAAUGUGGGAAAUGUUUUACUAAAAAAUCAACUCUUAUUACACAUCAGAAAAUUCAUACAGGAGAGAAAGCAUUUUCAUGUUCUGAAUGUGGGAAAUGUUUUAGUUGGAAAUCACAUCAUCUUGGACAUCAGAAAAUUCAUACAGGAGAGAAAGCAUUUUCAUGUUCUAAAUGUGGGAAAUGGUUUACUCUGAAAUCAACUCUUAUUAGACAUCAGAAAAUUCAUACAGGAGAGAAAGCAUUUUCAUGUUCUGAAUGUGGGAAAUAUUUUACUGAAAAAUCAGAUCUUAUUAGACAUCAGAAAAUUCAUACAGGAGAGAAAGCAUUUUCAUGUUAUGAAUGUGGGAAAUGUUUUACUAAAUCAUCAGAUCUUAUUAGACAUCAGAAAAUUCAUACAGGAGAGAAAGCAUUUUCAUGUUCUGAAUGUGGGAAAUGUUUUACUGAAAAAUCAAGUCUUAUUAGACAUCAGAAAAUUCAUACAGGAGAGAAAGCAUUUUCAUGUUUUCAAUGUGGAAAAUGUUUUAGUCGAAAAUCACUUCUUCUUGGACAUCAGAAAAUUCAUACAGGAGAGAAAGCAUUUUUAUGUUCUGAAUGUGGGAAAUGUUUUACUGAAAAAUCAGAUCUUAUUAGACAUCAGAAAAUUCAUACAGGAGAGAAAGCAUUUUCAUGUUCUGAAUGUGGGAAAUGUUUUAGUCGGAAAUCAUAUCUUCUUGGACAUCAGAAAAUUCAUACAGGAGAGAAAGCAUUUUCAUGUUCUGAAUGUGGGAAAUGUUUUACUGACAAAUCAGCUCUCAUUAACCAUCAGAAAAUUCAUACAGGAGAGAAAGCAUUUUCAUGUUUUCAAUGUGGGAAAUGUUUUAGUCGAAAAUCACUUCUUCUUGGACAUCAGAAAAUUCAUACAGGAGAGAAAGCAUUUUUAUGUUCUGAAUGUGGGAAAUGUUUUACUGAAAAAUCAGAUCUUAUUAAACAUCAGAGAAUUCAUACAGGAGAGAAAGAU